CGGUUUUUUUUUUAUCUAUAAUCACAUUUUACUAUGAUUUACGGUUUUUGCAUUUUGUUCUCGUGACCGGCGUUUCUUUUGUUUUGACCUCUUAGCUUUUCCGCGCUUCGUUUCCAGUUCGUUUUAGCGCUGUUGGUUUGAAAAUCGAAUCACUUUAAAUCUCCGGUCGAUUCCGAUAAAAAUGACGGACAUUCAGGCGAAAUCGAGUUUUGGCACGGCGCUGUUGAAUCUGCACAGCGGUUACACGGAUUCGCUGCCGGGGAGAGAGAAGCAUAUUGAGUGUUUGAAAUCGUUCUUAAAAAAACACGUCCAAGACCACCGCUCKGUUUCUAUGUACAUAUCUGGACCGCCGGGUACUGGCAAGACUGUGUCACUUCAUUCAUUGUUUGCCAGCGAUUUGGUCAUUGACAAUUUCACCCUGGUGUACGUGAACUGUAGUAUGAUUAAAUCAGCAAACCGUGUGUAUGCCAAAAUCGCUGAAAUUUUAAAAAUUGGAUCUGGUACUCAAAGGGAAUGCAUUUCGACCAUUGAGCAGUACUUAAAAAGCAAACACAAAUCUAUUCUCAUGGUACUCGAUGAAAUUGAUCAACUGUCGUCUAAAAAUCAAUCGAUAUUGUAUCAAAUAUUUGAAUGGCCUAUCAUUCCUCAAUCAAAUAUAGUCGUCAUUGGUAUUGCAAACUCUUUGGAUCUUACUGAUCGAUUGUUGCCAAUGUUAAAGACUAAGGUUUCUUUACAACCGGAACUCCUAAAUUUUCCACCUUAUACGAAAACAGAGUUGGCUAGUAUUAUAUCUCAUAGAUUAGAAAAUGCUGGGGUUAAGGAAAUAUUUCCUACCAAUGCGAUUCAGCUUUUAUCUGCUAAAAUAGCUUCUAUUCGAGGUGAUAUUCGUUUUGCAUUGGAUGUUACUAGAAGAGUUAUUGAAUUAGCAGAUGAUAAAGCUGACAAAAAAAUUGAAUUAAUUGAUGUGAUAGCUGUGUUGAAUAAUGUGUAUUCCACUUCUGGUGCACUCGAUAAUGAAAAUGAAAAUUCUGAAAAAUUACCAUUACAACAAGAAUUAGUGGUUUGCGCAAUAUUAUUGUUAUUAUCUUCUGGUAAGAAAAGUCAAGUUAUUACCAUAGGAAAAGUAUUCAAUGUCUUUACAACUAUUUGUAAAAAACGCAACAUUCAAGUAAGGGAUCUAAGCGAAUUCAUAACCAUGUGUUCAUUAUUAGAAACAAGAGGUGUAAUCAAGAUUCUAGGACAGAGUGUAAACAGAUUAUCCAAAGUAUUGUUACUUUGGGAUAAAAAUGAAAUUGAUGAUGUACUACAUGACAAACAACUUUUGGUUGAUGUCUUAAAUGAUAAAUCUCUAUUAAUACAAUGAUAUUUUAUUUAAAUCAAAAUAUAUAGAUUUUUUUCUUUUCACUAUCUUUCAACAUUUGUAGCAAAUAUUUUCACUGUUUUUACAUUUGUAACUAAGCAUUAUCCAUAGAAAAUGCAUUAUUUUUAUGUAAUUUUUUUUAUUAUG